AUGGGUGCUGCUUAUACUAUAUUUGGGAGACAAGUCCCAUCUCAUAUUCUUUCUAUUGCCACUUUAGGUACUGCUGCAGCUGUUGUUGCAUGGCCUCGUGCUAAGAAGGAAGCUCCGCCAGCCCAGGCUGCUCCUGUUGCCCAAACCAAAGAAGAAGACUUUGACUUAGAAAAGUUCUUGAAGUAUGUAUACACUGAUUAG